UGCCUACCUUCACACGUAAGCGGCAGAGGCACUCAGGUCCGUCAGACCCUACACAUGCACACGGCACAUACACACCACUGAGACCCGGACACACAUUGGUACACGCCCGGCCCGCGUCGCCACCCGCCCCCGCCCUCGUCGAGCCACCUCUGCACGACCCCUUCGCCAUUGGCCGAGUUGCGGAGCCCUCAGCAUCUCCAUCGUGGCUGAAGGGAGCAUUCGGGAGAGCGGGAGACACAGGCGAACAAUGAAGACGCUCGUGCGACUAGUACUGGGACUGCUCGUCCUGAAAGUGGCGGUGGCCAAUCCCCGGUUCUCCCGUCAAGCCGACCUGGACUCGUACGACGACGGCAACUACGACGUGGACGACAUUAACUCGGAAAACCAGGAGUACGACUAUGAGGACGGGCCGACCAUUGAGGAUCCCGAGGUAGAGAUUGGCACCCUGGCCCCACCUGACUACAACUACCCAAUGCCUGAGGCCUCGUUGGAAGAACAGGAGGAGGAGGAGGAGGAGUUGCCCCUGAAGCCCCAGCUCAUCCCUCAGGGCUCAGGGGGGUCCGGCGUUCUUAUGGGCCCAGACACACAAAAAGAGGUGGAGCUGCGUCUGAUGCCCAUUGACAUCCUUCAUGUCUCCGGGGAUUUUGGGGGCUCAGUGGGGUCCGGUGCCUCAGGAGCCUCUGGGGUUUCUGGGUCAGGAGGCUCAGGGGACCCACUGGUCUCGGGUGCCUCAGGGGGAUCUGGUGAUAUUGUUUUCAUCUCCGGUGCUUCUGAGGAGAUCCUCAGCAGCUCUGGAGCUUCGGGAGAGUUCUUGGUGUCCGGGGAUGUGGAUUACUUGAUAUCGGGGGAUCUCUAUGAAUCUGGGGAGGGCUCUGGAUUUGGAGAGAUCUCCGGAUCUGGGCACCUCCUGAUUUCUGGGGAUAUCCCAGGAUCAGGGGAUUUCCUGAUAUCCGGUGAUCUUUCUGGGUCCGGGGAUCUCUUGAUAUCCGGAGAUCUUUCAGGAUCUGGCGAUCUCUUGAUAUCUGGAGAUACCAUGGGAUCCACAGCUUCUGGAGCCUCAGGGGACUUUGGCUCUGGAAGUUCUGGAAUUCUAAUUGAAUUGGGAUCAGGGGGGUCUGGUAUUGCCAGUGAACUCCCCCUGGCCUCUGGGGAUCAAUCUGGUUCUGGGUUCUCCGGAGAUCUCCUGACCUCUGGUGCCUCUGGAGGCUCUGGGGUUUCUGGGGACACCGAUGAGUCUUGGGAGUCGGGGAUAACAUUAUUACCUGAAGAGGUGGAAGUGCCUCUCAUUCCUACAACCAUCCCACAAGAGGCUUCAGGUACUUCAGGGGAUUUCUCAGGAGUUUCAGGAAGCUCAGGGGAUCUUGGGGUCUCUGGAGACAUAGAUGUCUCUGGAACUUCUGGUGUCUCUGCCUCUGGAGAACCUGAGGAGCCCGAUAUAAUUCUGAUUCCAGAGACUGAUAAAGAGGAGGGGCUGCUUCCGACACAAGAGACCCCUCAGGAGGGUACUGGUGGUGUAGAAACGACACUGGGCUCUGGUCUACCAGAGCCCGAGGAACCCGAAGAACCUGAGGUUGACACGAAAGGGAUGCCCACUUGCUUGCUGUGCACAUGCCUUGGUGGUUCGGUGUACUGUGAUGACUUGAAACUGGACAGCAUACCACCUCUGCCCAAAGACACCACACACUUCUAUGCCCGCUACAACAGGAUCACCAAGAUCAACAAGUCUGACUUUGCCUCGAUGAACAAGCUGAAGAGGAUCGACUUGACAGCCAAUGCCAUCUCGUCCAUUGACAGUCAGACAUUUAUGGGUCUGCCGGAGCUUGAGGAGCUGGUGAUUCGAGAAAAUCACAUUUCACAGAUGCCUGCCCUGCCGGAGACCAUGACCCUGAUCGAUGCCAGCCACAAUAACAUUGACUCCAAGGGUAUUCUCAAAGAGGCCUUCAAGGACAUGACCGGCCUGCUCUACCUGUACCUGACUGACAACGAAAUUGACUACAUCCCCGUGCCUCUUCCAGACAGUCUGCGAUCCCUACAUCUACAGCGUAACAACAUUCAGUCGAUGCACGAGGACACCUUCUGCAACCUGCAUGACUUUAACUACAUCCGCAACGCGCUGGAGGACAUCCGCCUUGACGGCAACCCCAUCAACCUGAGCCGAACUCCGCAGGCAUACAUCUGCCUGCCCCGCAUCCCGGUCGGGGACCUCAUAUAAAACACAAAACACACCCAAACGCAGCGACCGCCACCACGUGUCCCUGUAAAUAUCCACCCAACACGUGCACGGGGCAUGCGGACACUCGUCUUUCGGUGGCCUUCCACAGGCCACUGGGAUACACUAUUUUGCGGCGAGGUACCACUCUGCGUGGAUGUCCACGAUUCCAUAAAUGCGUGAGAUGUGACUGAACAUGUACAUGCACACCUCCAUAAAAAGGGUGCACGCACACACAUACACACACCCACCAACACUUAAAUAAAAGCCAAACUGUUCACAACUUGAUUUAGGAGUUAAAGUCAACCCUCAACUGAAUGUUUCUGUCUGGUGUCUGCUCACAACUGGUCUCUUUUUUUAUUUUAAAGAUGUUUGUUUUGUAAAGAUUAAAUAUAAAUAUUAAAUAAGUCUUUUGAAAAUGUAAACUUAUUUGAAGGCCGGAGCUCAAUGGAAGGUGAGAUUUUGAGUACCUAAUGCAAUAAAAGACGCAUUUUAAACACAA